AGGUGAAUAGACGGAGUGUCUGAGGUUUGAAUUUUGACUGCUACAUAUAAAAAACGAUGUUUCUAUCAACUGAGUUAAGUUAAUUAAUUAAGAUUAUAAAUUGGUUUCAUCUUGAUCUUAUAAUUAAUUAAGGUUAUAAAUUGGUCUCUUAAAUCUACUAAUAAGGUUUCAUUAUCUAUAAAUAUUAUGCAGAAAUAUGUACCUCUGGAAGGAGGUCGAUCAAAUGUUGUUCAAACAGCAUGGGCACUUAUGGCUUUAAUUCAUGCAGGCCAGGCGGAGAUAGAUCCUACUCCUCUUCAUCGUGCUGCAAAAUUAAUCAUCAAUUCUCAAUUAGAAGAGGGCAAUUGGCCCCAGCAGGAAAUCACAGGGGCAUCCAUGAAAACUUGCAUGAUACAUUAUCCAAUGUACAAAGAUGUUUUUCCAUUGUGGGCUCUAGCUGAAUAUCACAAACGAGUUUCAUUGCCAUCCACUUCAGCUAAACAUUAGAAAUAUGUGAUCAACACAAAAUGGACCAAGCAAUAUGCCCAUAU